UGAAUUUUCUUUAUCCCCUAUUUCAACUAGUUUUAAUGGGCUAAACUUAAAUCUCCGAAAAUUCGUAGAGAUGUAAUCAUGAAUAAUUUACAUGGCAGUACUCAAACACUUGAGGUUACGUUACUUAGAUCAGUUCGUUUUGUUGUAAUAACAAACAUCAAACGUCAUAGUAUAUUUAAAACGUAGGUGCAUAGCAAAUGGAAGAUUUUUCAGUGAAAGACGAACCAAUGGAUGCUUUAAGUUUAGAGGCACAGGUGAUGGCUGAGAACAUUGUAAGCGUUGUACUUAAAGAAGAACCUGGAGCUAGAUUCGAUCCAAAUUAUAUGGAUGAUAUCUGUUCAGGGAACUUUGAAAAGGUAUUUCUACCUAUCGAGAAUCAGGAAGUUGAUUUAUCUGAAGAAAUGAAUUUAUGUCAGCAGGUUCAACUAGGAAUUAAGAAUGAGGACAAUGUUCAGCACAAUUGGCCAGAGCAGGUCAUUGACAACAGUUUAUGUGAGAAGGAAGAUAACUCACUGCAUCGAUACCUGGUCGAUUCCGAACUCCAGCAAACCUAUCUUGAUUCAACUACCUCAAGAGAUACAGUGAAUUCAAUGAACGAAGAUGAUUCUGGACGAUAUAACUUAUUUGGCAUAAACCCUCAGCAAUCUAAAUUCUGCAAAAUACAAUGCAUCGUAUGUAAAAAAUGGUUUUUAAACAAUGAAUCUCUGGUCACUCAUUUAGGUACACACUGUGAAGGAACUCAAUGUGAAGUGUGUAAUGAAAACUUUGAACACAAAUCUAGUUUGCAUGCUCAUAUGCUACUUCACAUGGGCAUGAAUCCAUUAGAAUGUAACAUAUGUCAGAAAAGAUUCACCAACAAAUUACGCUUACGUGGUCACAUGCAAUCCCAUACAACAAAUAAUCCAUAUGAGUGUGAUACCUGUCAAAAAACAUUCAUAAAACGAUCAGGUUUAAGCAAUCACCUGUUGAUUCAUGCUGGCGAAAGAUUAUUCAAGUGCGAAAUUUGUCAAACAACUUUUAAAGAAAAAGGAAAUUUGAAUCGACAUAUGCUAAUUCAUACAGGAGAACGUUCAUACAAAUGCGAUGUGUGCUGUGCAGUUUUUCGCGAGAAAGCUAAACUAAACAUUCACAUACCAGUUCACAGUGGUAUAAAGCAACAUCAGUGUACCGUAUGUCACAGAUCAUUUGCACAAAAAACAGCGCUAAAUAAUCACAUGCCGGCACAUAGUGGUCAAAAACCGCACGAGUGCAAUAUUUGCCAAAAAACAUACAAACGAAAAUCUGAAUUAGUAAGGCAUACCCUGGUGCAUACUGGCGAGAGGCCAUACGAGUGUAAAGAAUGCCUAAUGACAUUCAGGGAAAAGGCAAAGUUGAACUCCCAUAUGUUGGUUCACACGGGCGAGAAACCACACGAGUGUCACAUAUGUCAAAAAGCUUGCGCACGUAAAUCGGAUCUCAACAGUCAUAUGCUCUCCCACACUGGUGGCCAGUAUGAUUGCAAUAUAUGUGAGAAAAUCUUCACAAGAAAAUCUGAUUUAAAUAGACACAUCUUAAUACAUACUGGUGAGAAACCAUUUGCAUGUCAUUUAUGCGAAAUGGCAUUCAGAGAAAAGGCUAGACUAAAUGCUCACAUGCUUAUUCACACUGGUGAUAAAAGACAUACCUGUCAUAUCUGUCAAAAAACAUUCAGGGAAAAAUCUACCCUGAAAAAACACAUGCUCAUCCAUACUGGAGAUAGACCGUACAAGUGUUUUGUUUGUCGUAAGGCCUUUACUCAAAAAACGACACUUAAUAGCCACAUAUUGAUUCAUACCGGCGAGAGACCUUAUGAAUGUAAUGUCUGUCAAAAAAUGUUUAGAGAACGAUCUGCAUUGAGAAAACAUGAACUAAUUCACACAGGUGAAAAACCAUAUGAAUGCAUCGUUUGUCUAAAGAAAUUCACCUACAAAUCAGCACUAAAAAGUCAUAUGACAAGCAAUCAUUCAUCGUAGAAAGAUCUAGUCCCCUACUGUGCAGCAAGAAAAUCUUCGUUUAUUUAGAUUUAUAUUCCCUUCCAAGAUCAAGUAACAGUUAACAAACAUUCAAAUAAUGUCCGUAGAAUGUUUGAAUAAUCAAAUGCUGUUCGCCCCGUGUCUUUUACUUCGUUCUUAUGUGGUUAUGGCGUAACAAUUACAGAGUUAUGUGAAAUCUUUUUCUGUCUUUGGCAUUAUGGAUCUCUUUAAAGUAUCAUGACUCAUCGGAACAAAGUUGCAUAUCUUUUUAAACCGUUCAAAAAUAUAAAAGAAAAUACGAUAUAAGUUGUUGGCAUAUUUUCCGAGCAAAAUAAGAUCGAUGCUCGUAUAAUUAUGCCUACAUUUUCAGUUAGGCAAUUGUUAUUAUUUUUAGCAGAUCAUUUUAUUUUACGUGUUAAGAAAUCGUUGGUUACGCUCCCGUAUAAAGAUGUAAAACAUCAGGUUCUCUGAUUGACUAACAAAAUUAGCCUUCUUGAUGGCAGGCACACAGACGGAAUUAUGUUUCAUUCUGUAAUCCGGAAAAAAUUAUGAUAUACUCUGUGUUCUAAUAUAAGCUUUCAGUACUGUGAAAAUGACGUCAUUAUGGUAUACUGUGACGUGACGUCAUUUUCAUACUACGGAAAGCUUAUUUCAGAACAUAUCAUAUAAAAUUGUAUAUCAUCAAAUAAAAAAUUGGACUCUAUCUGAUCGGAUUAAAAGUUUUUCAAAAAUACACGAGGAAAAUAUAAAUUCUAUACAAAUAAUAUUGCCUAAAAUAAUUUUAAAGAACCCAUUUAUGGAUAAAACUACCUUUUGAAAAUAUGAUUUAUAUAGAAUUCACAUUUUUAUAGUGAAUUUUCGUAAAAUUGUAUAUCUGAUCAUAUGUAUAUAAUUAUAUAUCAUACGUGCUCAGAUAGAGACCAAUUUUUUAUCUGAUUAUAUAUAAUCACUUUUUUCCGGGAACCCUCCGGGUGUUGCUGCACAAAACUGUAAAAUUAUAUUAAAUGAUACACUUUUACUUGUACAGUAGUGAUUAUUGAUUAUUGUAGUAACACUAGGUUAUAUUUAUGUGCAUUUAAAUGUUACUGUAUAAUUCAGGGUCUUGAAACGAAACCUUUAUCUUUUUAUACACAUAUAUAUUUUUUAUCUUUGCUCAUUACACUUACCCGGUGACAUUAUAUUCUUUAUAAAUAAAUUGUAAACUUUUCGGUUUUGUGGUCCGACAAUGAAUUAACUAAUCUGAUGUGAAAAAUUAUAAAUAAUGGAAAACACAAUUGCGGUUCUGUGUAACAUAGAGCAAUGAAAGCUAUUUCCUAUAGAUCUAUAUAAGGAGAAGUAAAAUAGCUUGGUGCAAGCUACAAUAAUUAUAAAUUGGAUGUAAUGUAUCAACGAGUAGUGUGCAAAUUACAUUAAAGAUCAAGAAAUUACCACUAAUCCUCGUAAGCAGUCGUAAAUCUGAUGUAAAUACAAACGUAGCAAUAAAUGGGUUUGUUAAUA